CGCGUGUGAAGAAACAGUUCGAUGAAAAAUUGUCAAGAAGCGAGAGAGGAAAAAGAAAAGCUAAUCACGCACGUCAGAGGCAGAGCAACCUCCGGGCAACGUACGAGAAUUGUGCAAUUUGGUGAAAGAAGAAACUGCAGUGCAGUGCAGAGGCGCCACGCACGAAUUGGUGCUGGUGGGUAGUGUGUGUGUGUGUAAAGAUUGUGCGACACGCGUUACUUCGCCACGCGGUAGACCGAGGCGUGAAAAGAGCUGUGGAAAAAGAAGUGUAUAAAGUGAAAAGCUUUCAGUGGCAUCAAUUGCAUUCUGUGCUGUGAUAGGAAAUAGUUCGUUGCGUGGAAUCGUCUCAAUCGUCCCCCAUCGGUGACCCGUGAGAAACGACGUAAAAAGGCAGAAAAUACAUUGUGCAUGCUAUAGCAAACCUGUACGGGGGAUACACCCAUACAAAGCUACGCGCAUACACAAUCUAAGGUUAAUCCUUGUGCAUCUCAACGGGAGUUAGUUGAAGGGCGAGAGAAGAAGACAGAAGUUCAACGAGUGUGGCCUAACAGAGCAGACACACACACACAUACUGCAUACCUUACGUUCCAAUACACACCGUACUCAAAAGCGAGCAAACCGAAGUACAAAAAGGAACCCCAGAGGCCGAUUUGCUUUUGCUGAUUCUCCGGACGCUGUACCUCCCGACGAAACCAGCGGGGACGAUGGCGCAACAGAAAAACUACCCUGCGAUGCGUCUACCGAGAAACGUCGUCCAGCUGUCGGUGGAUGCGAAAGAGUUCGUACCGUUGAUUAAGCAGCAGCCGCUACCGCAGCAACAACAUCCUCCUUACCACCACCAGCACCAGGGCGGCGGCGGCGGCGGAGGCGGUGGCUAUCCCCAGGCGCAGAUGGCGAUGCAUCAACCGUCCCAGGUGCACCAGCGGUUCGCGAUGGCGCAGGGUGGCGUCGAACCGGGCGGUGGCGGUGACGGUGGCGGCGGCUACGACUACGGUGCGAUGGCGCACCAUCAGCAGCUGCCCGGCAACAGCAACGGCGGGGGCAUGAUGAUGGCGAACGGGUCCGACGUGUCGGCCGUGCAGAACCGGUUAAGCAAUAUGCAGAUCGUGGACGGUGGUGGUGAUAAUGGAAAGGAGUUUAAUCAUCACCAUCAGCACCACCAUCACCAGCAGCAGCCGCACCAUCAGCAGUCAAUGCAUCAUCAGCAGCACCGUGGCCAGCAGCACCACGGGUACCAUCAUCAUCAGCCGCACCAUCAGCAGCAGCAUCAGCAGUAUCCGUACGGCGGCGGCGGCGGCUACUCCAACAACCAUCCGAUGGCGAUGGGAGGUGGUGGUGAUCACCGGAAGUACAACAAUGGUGGUGGCCAGCAGCACCAUCAUCGCUCCCGCCAGCAGCAGCAACACCAUCACCAUCAGCAGCAGCACCAUCAUCAGCAUCAUCAGAUGCACCAGCAGCAGCAGCAGCAGCAGCAGUAUGGUGGAAAUCAUCACCACCAUCACGACUAUAUGGAGGGUGGCGGUGGUGGCCCGGCGGGUGGUUACAAUGCCGGCAUGGCGGCCAACUGGGAUUCGAACUUGCAGGAAGAUCUCGAACAGAUCUCGUACCGACAGACGGAAGCGCUGGACUAUCUGACCGAGGUGAUUGCCGAGCUGUUCGACAAUCCGGGCAUCUUCGACGAGGUGAAGAAGAAGCUGCCAAACAGGCUGGGCGAUCUGUACCAGGAUCAUUACGUGCUGAGCACCACGAUUGAGACGAUCUUCGAUCAGUCGAUCCGGGAAUCGAACUUCCGCUAUAUGGGUGCCCGCCUCUGUCAGCUGCUGGACAGCAUCAACAAGGCGCCCAAUCUGAUGCUGCGCGAGCUGCUCCAGCUCAAGAUGGACCACCAGAACAGCGAGCUGCCGGAGUUUAUGAAGCAGGAGCAGGUGAAGGUGCGCGGCGCGACUCUCUUCCUAGCCGAGCUGUACAUGCAGCUGAGACAGCCGGAGGAACCAUUCGGCAAGACAAUUUCGGAGUACAUCGUGAGUGCGAUCGAGAUACUGGUGGCCAAGAAGGGUCCGGAAAAUCUCAAAUGUGUCUGCCAAUGCUUAAAGCUGUGCGGUUUCGAGCUCGACCAAGACUGCCCGGACAAGGUGGACCAGAUCAUGAAGAAUCUGGACCAGGCGCGCAGUUCCGUCCCGUCGGCGGCGGAGAAGAUCAUCGGCUCGGUGAUCGAGCUGCGCAAGAUUGCGUGGGGCCGCAGCGAGGAGAUCUCGACGCCGUCGGCGGCCCUGCCCCCGAUGCCGGUCAGUGUUGGCGCGAUGGGGCCCGGCGGCCCGAUCGGUGCCGGCGAGUACCAGAACAAUCCCGUCUUUUACGGCCCGGACGGCCAGGUGCUGACCGAGGAGGAAAGCUCAUUUCUCGAAACGAACGUCAAGAACAAGGCACAGGCGCAGCAAGCUUUCAGUGGCUACGACGAUGACGAUGAGUACGGUCUGGUCGAUCCGGAUGACGAUCCGGAGGUGCAGCAAGCCUUCGUGGAGUUCCUUCAGAGCAAUCCUCAAAAUCGGCAGCCGCAGCACCCGUACCGGCCGGACGUAUAAAAGAUGAUAGGGGGGAGAGUGUCGCAGUUGGAACGUUUCCUGUUUUUUCCUGCUUUUUUUUUAAACAUAAAAGAAGCAGCAACAAGAAAAUCGCUUGGAAGGAAGGAGUGGGCAGGAGGAGGAGAAGGAGGACGAAGUGCGUUAAGUCGGAAGUAAAGUUAAGAUUACAAAAAAAAAGGCAAAAGCAGUCAUAGAAAGAGAGUGGAAAACAAUAUCCAGCUACAGAGAAACACCUCUUGAAAAAAAACAGACACACACUACUUAUACAUUCAAAUUGUCGAUAGAAUAGAAUGAAUAAUUUCAAACAAACAAACAAAAAAAGAAGAAUAGAUACAACAUUUAGUAACCGCGCACGAAUCAGAAUCGUGGCGGGAAAGAAGUUAAGAAGAAAGAGUGAACAACAACAACAACAAAAAAAUGCUCCAGAGGACAUUAGCAAUAGAGAAGAAUCCCCGACAGACCCCCGCAGACAGACACAUAGAGCGCAUUAUUAUGCAAAAAAAAAAGAAAAAAAGGAAGAAAAAAGGAAGCGAACUAGGAAAGGAAGGAUAAUUAGUCAUGAAACAAUGGGGACAAGGCACAAAGGAGAGCGCGUGCGUGCGCAGCUUAGUAGCGCGCAGCCAAAGGAAAAGUCGCCAGGUGCAUUUUAAACUGUUUUCCAAACCCCCCCUCUCUCCAUGGUGGUAUUUAUACUGUUUUUUCCGUGCCUCGUUCGUUUCGCGCUCUUGCGUGUGUGCGUGUGUGCGUGUGCGUGUGCGUGUGUGUUGUGUUUAUUGUUUGUAUUUUUGAAAAGUGUAAACAAGUCAGUAAAGGGUCGGCAUUGCGAGGAAAGUACGGCAGUAGUUUUCUUAUAGGAGGAAAAGUGUGUAGAAAGGUCUGUAAUAAGAAAGCAGCAGCAAUAUGUUACAAACAAAAAGUGCGAGGCUUAACACAAAUGCAAACAAAAAAAUCCGUGCUGUGUUGCAUAUCUCACACCUUCUCUUCGGGCAUGCAUUUUUUGCUCUCAUGUACGUGUGCGUGUGUGUGCGCCUUUAUGCACAUGUUUUUAAUCUGUGGCCUUUUGCCUUGUCCCUUUUAGUGCGGGAAAAGCUUCCCCGCAAUACUCUCAGGAAAUGUUAAAAUAGAUUGAGUUGGUUGAACGAAUUUCUUCUCGUCAAAUCAAGGAAAAUCAGCUCUCUCCAUCCCGGAGAAAGUAGAAUGCAGCUUCUCCCCAUCUGUGUCUAAGAACAGGAUCUCAGCAAGAGUAGGCAAAUAUUACCGCUCACUUACAACAACACACACAACAGUGCGCACGAUUUAAUUGGUUCUAGAAGAAGUGUCUCCUUCUUGCUUACAAAGUAAGGUAACAGGUUUAUACUUACGCGUGAAGGCUGUCCCCUUAGCCAUGCAUUCUCUUGUGUAUAUCCACGUUGCUUCCCAGUUGCCUUUGAAUGUUCACUUUUUUGUAUGUGAGUGUGUGUUAAAAUAUGCUCAGAAAGUUCGUAAUGAACCAUCACGAACCCUCCCGACAGGCAAUAUAAAUGUGUACAGGCUCAACGUACAUUCUUUUUUAACACGCCAUUUGGUGUGUGUCGCGUCCGUUUUCUUCCUCUUUCGCACCCAUACAUACACACUCACACGCACACGGCAAAACAUACCUACAUAAAUAUACAUAUAUUUUACAUGAAUUCGCUUUUCGGUUAGUAGAAAGCACAAAGUGUUCUCUGGAAUAAAAAUGAUGAAAAAAAAAAUACAAUAAAUGAAAAUUAUGAAAAUGAA